CCAAGUAAUCGACUGUUCGUCACAGCUGACUCUUUCAACAUACAAGCUACCCCACGCGCUCGUCUUCAUUCGCUCAUUCAUUCCCUCAUAGUCACACAAAUCGUGUCGUGAAAAUCUCGUGAAAGGCCCAUCGCUAAAAUUUCAAGUGCACGCGGGCAUUUCUGUAACACCGAUCGACCGUUCGCCGGAGAAAAAAUCAAAUUUUCCAGUUAAAAAUUACCAAAAAGAAGAGAUAAUCAUGGGAAAGUUCUUACUGUGCAUUAUCCUCAUCAUCGCAAUGGGAGUGCUCGUGGAGGGCUGUGAUCUCGAUCAGAUGAGACAUGGGUGUAGGAUUUUUAAUAAUCAAUGCAGCUGCGGGUACGGCUGCAAGGCAGAGUACAGAUACGACUCGAAUGAGUCCUGUAAAAUGGCCCUAAAAGGUCGCCGUCACGAUAUUUGCAGUCGUCAGCGGCCCUGUCUUCAUGACGGCUCGUGUCUUCAAAUUUCUCAAGAGCCAGGGUACAAGUGUCAAUGCGAGGGCACUGGAUAUUACGGCGCACGCUGUGAAAGACCGUGUCCUGGACCAAAUGGUCUGAAAUUCCGUGGACCAUUCCCAUACGAGUGCGUCGUUAUCUGAAUUCCAUAGAAUCAACUCGAAUAAAUCUACUCUGCAUGUUUUUUUUUUCUCAACUCCACUUACUUCGUUAUUAUCAGAAAGAAUGAAUUUUUUCCCACUGAUACUGUACAUAAAACAAUAAAUGAAAUUAAACGAUAUCUUAAUCAUUGAGAGAAACGAUUGAGAGAUUUUAUUAUUGCUUGCAAGGUUUAUUCAUCAAUAAUUUUACAGCGUUUUUUUUUCUCGUUUUUUUUUGGUUUCUUUUCUCGUUAUGGUUUCAUCGAAUGGGCUCCGAUGCAAGCACACUUGGUAUCCGCGAACGCCUCAAUUAAUCAAGUGUGAUUACCCCUCCCCCUCACUAUCACACUAUUACAAUUAAUGCCAUGCUUACCUCUGUCGUUUCAUUAUUGUUUCCAUAUUUUGUUUACUAAAAACGUAAACGGCAAACAUAUUAGAAAAUUGCCAUUAUGAUUUUUCCAUUAAUUUCCCGGUAAUUUUUACGGGUAUCACUUCCUCUCUUCCCGCUAUUAUAUUUUUCUUCUGGUUUUCAACUUGAAUUCAUUAUACUAAUUUGAUUCACUCGUUUUUUUUUUAACACGUGACUGCAUGAGGAACUUAACAACGUAUUUAUAUAUUCAUAUAUAAUAUAUUAUCUAGAACAAACUGGUGGCCAGUUUUCACUUGUUCUUCAAUGGUUUUAAUUUUCAUUUUAAUUCAAUUACUUCUUUCGUUUUACACAUUUUUUUUUUCGAAUCAUCUUGAUAAACAGGCAAUGCGGUGUAAUACGCGCAUUUAGUUUGAAAUUUAUUUGUGAUACGUAUUGUUUACAUUUGUUCUCCACUAUCCGGCGUCACGCUGCAAAUUUACGGGAAUAUUUUCAUUUCUCUCGUACUUGAUUUUCCCUCUGUAUUAUCACAUACACACGCGCAUUCAUACGCACUUUCAUCCACAUUUGCUCAGAUAACAGUAAAAUGAUCCGUUUGUUUUUCAUUCUCAUGUACAUAUUUUCUCAAAUUUUCGCUCAGGCAAUGUUGAAAUUUUUGUGAUCCGGCACCUCAAUGGGUUGUUAGAGAGCCGCGGGGUUUUGUUCAUUAUUUGUUUGUCACGCAUUUAUCUCUUCACUUUACGUUAACUUAAUUUACCACAAUUUUCCUUCCGCUAAUAAAAAAAGAUUGUUAUUUACGUGAUAAACCGAAGAAAAAAAAA